AAGGAAGGUGCUGCAGUUGGCGGUCGGGCUAGAAAAGAGAGGCGCCUGCGCCUGCGAGCUGGGCUUGUGAGUGGGGCUGCCCAGAGGGCAGGCGUGGGGCGAGGCCAAAGGACUGAACCCGCAGGAGCGUCACGGGCGCCGGGGCGGCUGCCGACGGCGGGCCUGGGUCAGUGAGAAGCCCGUGGGCCCCCGCCCUGCCUGCUACUCCCAUCCCCACCUGCGCUCUCCCUAUGGGGAACGACCGCCGAUUGGGUCCGAUGCCUACCCUCGGGGUGGAGCCGGCAGGUUUUCUAUCAGAUGUUCCACGUAAUAAUGCUGGAGUUAAGAAGUUUCCAUUAUUUUGCUCCAAACCAGAAGACUGUGUUCCCUUUAUAUAGAAUAGGAGUAAUAUUUGAAAACAACUGGCUGAUGUUUAAAACUGAAGAUUGUCGUGAUUGUUUAUCCUAAUCCCAAUGCUGAAGUAAGAUUGUCUUGGAAAUACUAAGUUGGGAAAGUGAAUUCUGCAUUUAAAUCUCAGGGAACCAGUCAGAAGCAUCUGGAUUAGGCAUUUAGUGAUACAACGAUCCAGAAUAACAAAAAUUAUGUACCAGCCACAUUCACACAACAGGGUAAUCCAAAUCUACUUCUGGAACCAUGAAAAUUUUGCUAGUUUUUGACUUUGACAAUACAAUCAUAGAUGACAAUAGUGACACUUGGAUUGUACAAUGUGCUCCCAACAAAAAGCUUCCUAUUGAACUACGUGAUUCUUAUCAAAAAGGAUUUUGGACAGAAUUUAUGGGCAGAGUCUUUAAGUAUUUGGGAGAUAAAGGUGUAAGAGAACAUGAAAUGAAAAGAGCAGUGACAUCAUUGCCUUUCACUCCAGGGAUGGUGGAACUCUUCAACUUUAUAAGAAAGAAUAAGGAUAAAUUUGACUGCAUUAUUAUUUCAGAUUCAAAUUCGGUCUUCAUAGAUUGGGUUUUAGAAGCUGCCAGUUUUCAUGACGUAUUUGAUAAAGUGUUUACAAAUCCAGCAGCUUUUAAUAGCAAUGGUCAUCUCACUGUCGAAAAUUAUCAUACUCAUUCUUGCAAUAGAUGCCCAAAGAAUCUUUGCAAAAAGGUAGUUUUGAUAGAAUUUGUAGAUAAACAGUUACAACAGGGAGUGAAUUAUACACAAAUUGUUUAUAUUGGUGAUGGUGGAAAUGAUGUCUGUCCAGUCACCUUUUUAAAGAAUGACGAUGUUGCCAUGCCACGGAAAGGAUAUACCUUACAGAAAACUCUUUCCAGAAUGUCUCAAAAUCUUGAGCCUAUGGAAUAUUCUGUUGUAGUUUGGUCCUCAGGUGUUGAUAUAAUUUCUCAUUUACAAUUUCUAAUAAAGGAUUAAUAUGUCAGCAAUUGAAAAGUGUAUCACUUAAGAUUAGGUUCAGCAGCAUAAAACUAAAACCCCAAAUACCAGAGGCCUAAAAAAAAAAAAGACAGAAUUUUUUUUUCCUCUCACAUAAAAGAAUUCCAGAGGUAAGUAUUUCAGGGUUGCUGUGUUAGUCUACCAGCCGCAGCACUUGGUAUUCAACCCAUGAUCCAAGGUUUCUGGUGAAGCUCUAGCCCUCACAGCAGCACUCUGGCCAGCAAGAAAGAGGGCAGUGAGAAAGUUACAUCCCCUGUCUAAAGAAAUUUCCCAGAAGUUGUACCCAACACUUCUAUUUAAAUGUCACUGGCCAAACUUAGUCAUAGUGCCUUACUUGUAAAUAGCAAGGAAGGAUGGAAAAUACAGCUUUCAUCCCAGGUAGUCAUGUGCCCAGGAAAAGUUGGGGAAAAAAGUACAGAAUUGAGUUAGGUACACUAGUGGUCUCCACUAAAGGUGGUUGAUAGUUUAUAUUUUUUAAUUUAUUCCUGGAGCAAGUAAGCAUAUUUUAUUCUCUUAGAUAUUCCUCCUUUUUUGAGACAAGGUCUCUGUCACCCAGCCUGGAUUGCAGUGACUUGAUCUCCACACAUUGCAGCCCCAACCCCCCGGGCUCAAGUGAUCCUCGCACCUCAGCCUCCUGAGGAGCUAGGACUACAGGCUCGUGCCAUCAUGCCAGCUAAUGUUUUCUUAUUUUUUGUUAGAGAUGAGGUCUCACUACUUUGCACAGAUCUCAAAAUCUUGGAUUCAAGUGAUCCUCCUGCCUUGGCUUCCCAAAGUCCUGGGAUUACAGGCAUGAGCCGCCGUGGCCAGCCAGAUAUUUAUUUUAAAAGUAUGUCCAGUAGUUACAGAUCUUAAAAAAUAAAGUCUGAUGCUUUAUUCACAUAAGAAUAAAAGGCUACCAAAUUUAUAUAUCCUCCCAAACCAGUGUAUUUUAAAGACAGGGAUGCAGUAUCUAUUGUUGAAGUUUUCAUCAAUUUCAGGCUUUCCGUUUGAAAUGAAGUACAUAUUAAUGUCCUUCAAAUAUUCUAACUUUAUAUCAUAGCACCAUAGACAACUACAGUAGCUAGUUUAAUCGGUGUGUUGUUUAUAUUUGGCAAUGCAGUUUUGAGCAAUUCAAUACUGUAUGUAAUUUGCAGGAAUACUCAAUAUUUAAGACUUCCAUAUAGAAAUAUUAGCAAAAUAUCAACUGAUCUAAAAUGUUUUAUAAGUCCAUGCUAAUUUCUAGAUUGAUGUUUUAGCCAUAAAAAUGCAGUAUUUAAUAAUAUUGUAUUUUCCAAAUUAUGGAAAGCUCCAGAAGUAGAAAUAUUCAAUAUAAUUAGUACUCUCUAAUCUUUUUUCUAGGUUGAAAAAUCUUUGUUUUGCUUUAGGUUAGAUUAUGUUGAUGUGUUCGGGUUAGAUUAUGUUGAUGUGUUCAGAUUUCAGAUGUGUUCAGAGCUGAGGUCUCAGCUGAGGCUCCACUGAAGCAGGAUUCACUUCCAAAAUAACACAGUUGUCGCCAAUAUUCAGUUCCUAGCAAACUACUGGAACAAGAAUCUGUUUUCUUGCUGACUGAGUUUCUUGCCAUGUGGCCCUCUCCAAAUGCUGGACAUAAAAAAGUAGGCUGAGCACUAUGGCUCACACCUGUAAUCCCAGCAGUUUGGGAAGCCAAAGUAGGAGGAUCGCUUGAGGCCAGGAGUUCAAAACUAGCCUGGGCAGUAUAGGGAGACCCCAUCUCUACAAUGAAUAAAAAUAAAGGCUUUCAUUUACAAUGAUGGUAGACCAAGAAAUUUGUCCUAGAUCUUCACUGAGAACAUCUAGAAAAGCUGGCAGCUGAACAAAAUUUUAAAAACAUCUGGGCUGGGCACGGUGGCUCACACCUUUAAUCCCAGCACUUUGGGAGGCAAGGCUAGGGGAUCACUUGAGCUCAGGAGUUUGAGAACAGCCUCAGCAACAUAGGGAGACCCCAUCUCUUAAAAAAAAAAAAGAAGAUAAACUAAAAAUAAAUUAAUUAAAAACACCUGGUUGAAGACAUCAGCAAGCUGGCAACAAUGAAGAAUUCCUAAGGAAACAGAAACUUUGUUAGGGGAGCUGUUUUCCCUUGUGUUGGCCAAUUCUGUAAGUGGUAAGCGAUUGCUGAGAUGUUGAAUGGCCGUUUUGACAACCUUAUGGGACAAGGAAGAAGGGGCCUGUACUGGUAAACCCUUUCCCUUACUUGGAGUGAGGAUCCCAGAUGGCUACUCAUUAGGAUUAACAGUGGUCCAGAAGUAAGCAGGCCUUCAAAGGGAUGGCAGCUCAGCUUCAAAUACCCUCAGUUUCUGAAAUUAGAUUGAGGUUAUCUAAGGUUUUUAGAGCUCCCAGAUGCAUGGCAGAAGCAAAUCUACAUUUGCUUUUCAGGAAGAAAUUAACAUCCUAGGUGUGGCAGACAGACUCUAAGGUGGCCACUAUGAUUCCUGUCCCCUGGUAUUCCUUGUGUGGAGGGAGACUCCCAUGACUUGAUUCUAAUCCAUAGACUACCACGAAGAUGAUGAGAUGGACAUGAUUACAGCAAAUUCUAAUGUUCAUCUUAUUAAGAGAGACUUGUUGACUUUGAAGAAGCAAGCUGCCAUGCUGUAAACCAGCCUUUGGAGAGGGCCUCAUGGCAAGAAACUAAGGGUGGCCUCUAGCCAGUAGUCAGCAAGAAAACAGAUCCUUGUUCCAGUAGUGUGCUAGGAACUGAAGAUUGCCAACAACCUUGUUAUUUUGGAAGUGAAUCCUGGUUCAGUGGAGACCUAGCUGAGACCUCAGCUCUGGCUAACACCUUGAUUGCAGUCUUGAUUGCAGGAAACAGAAAGAAGCCAGCUAAUCUGUGCUUGGACUCCUGACCCACAGAACCUGUGAGAUAAUAAAUGUGUCUUGUUCUUAAGACACCAGACUUGUGGUAAUAUUGUUACACAGUGUAGAAAACUAACAAACUAGGCCUCAAAAUAAAUCUAUAAACAGUUUUGCAGGUACACUGUAGAACACACAAUAAAAAGUAGCCACAGAAAGAGACAUGAGUGAAUACCAGCAGAAGCUUCUAUUUAAACAUCUGUAGGGACCUCCAGAUAUUGGAGUUUUCAGAGACAAGCUUAAAAAAAAAAAGAAAAAGAAAAUUAAACUUACAAGAAUUUUGGCAAAGAAUUGAAAAUUAUAUUAAAAACAAAAUGAAACAGCUAGAUGGCGGGGAUAAGUUCUAGCAUUCUUCUGCACUGUAGGAUGACUAUAGUUAACAAUAAUAUAUAUUUCCAAAUAGAGGAUAUUGAAUGUUCCCAACACAAAUGAGAAAUGUUUUGAGUUGAAGAAUAUGCUGAUUUCCCUGAUCUAAUCACUAUGCAGUAAAUGUAUCAACAUAUCACCAUAUAUGCCAUAAAUAUGGACAAUUAUUUUGUGUCAAUUUAAAAAAAAUUUUAAAGGAAACACUAGAACUGAAAAUUAGCAUGAUUGAAAUUAGGAGCUUGAUGGAUAGAAUUGACAGAACAGGCAUAGCUGAAGAAAGAAUUGGUGAAUGAACACAAAUUAGAAGAAAAAAUCCAGAAUGAUGCAGAGAGACAAAAUAAUAAAAAUACAAAAGUUGAGACAUAGAUUUAGUAAGAAGAUCUAACGGAGGAAAUUUAUAUCCCAAGAGAGAAGAAAGAAAAUGAAACAUAAGCAAUAGUUUAAGAGAUAAUUAUUGGCCAGGUGUGGUGGCUCAUGCCUGUAAUCUCAGCACUUUGGGAGGCCUAGGUGGGCGGAUCACGAGGUCAGGAGAUUGAGACCAUCCUGGCUAACAUGGUGAAACCCCACCUCUACUAAAAAUACAAAAAAAACAGCCGGGUGUGGUGGCGGGCGCCUGUGGUCCCAGCUACUCGGGAGGCUGAGGCAGGAGAAUGGUGUGAACCCGGGAGGCGGAGCUUGCUUGCAGUGAGCUGAGAUUGCACCACUGCACUCCAGCCUGGGGGACAGAUUGAGACUCUGUCUCAAAAAAAAGAAAAAAAAAAGAUAAUUAUUAAAAACUUUACAAAAUUGAAA